AGGCCGAGCGGCUGGCCCCGGCGCCCACUGCGAAGCAGCGCGGCGCGGAGCGCGGCCACACGGGCGGUCAUGCCGGGGAUCCUGGUUCCCGCGCUCUCUUUGCUGCUGGCUCCGCUGCUGCUGGACUCUGCAAGCUGCAAUAGCUCCCGAACGUUUGAGCUGGACUACUACCAGGACCGCUUCCUCAAGGAUGGCAAGCCAUUCCGCUACAUCUCAGGAAGCAUCCACUACUUCCGAGUGCCUCGCUUCUACUGGGUGGACCGGCUACUGAAGAUGAAGAUGGCGGGGCUGAACACCAUCCAGACGUAUGUGCCCUGGAACUUUCACGAGCCGCAACCAGGACACUACCAGUUUUCUGGAGAUCAUGACGUGGAGUAUUUCAUUCAGCUAGCUCACAAGCUGGGCCUGCUGGUCAUCCUGAGGCCGGGGCCCUACAUCUGUGCAGAGUGGGAUAUGGGGGGAUUGCCUGCUUGGCUUUUACAGAAAGAAUCUAUUCUUCUCCGCUCUUCUGACCCAGAUUACCUCCAAGCUGUGGAUAAGUGGUUGGGAGUCCUUCUGCCUAAGAUGAGGCCUCUUCUCUAUCAGAAUGGAGGGCCGAUUAUAACUGUUCAGGUUGAAAAUGAAUAUGGCUCCUAUUUUGCCUGUGAUUAUGACUACAUGCGUUUCCUGGAAAACCGCUUCCUCUACCACCUGGGUGAAGACGUGCUUCUGUUCACCACUGAUGGAGCAAAUGAAAAAUUCCUACAGUGUGGUACCCUUCAGGGACUCUAUGCUACGGUGGACUUCGGAGCAGACAACAAUGUCACAGAGGCCUUCCUAUUGCAGAGGAAUAUUGAGCCCAGAGGACCUUUGAUCAACUCUGAAUUCUAUACUGGCUGGUUAGACCACUGGGGCCAGCCUCAUUCCAGAGUCAUGACUCUCCAAGUGGCCUCCACUCUCACUGAGAUGCUUGCCCAAGGGGCAAGUGUGAACUUGUACAUGUUUAUAGGUGGGACCAAUUUUGCCUAUUGGAAUGGGGCCAACACACCCUAUGCAGCACAGCCCACCAGCUACGACUAUGAUGCCCCAUUGACUGAGGCCGGGGAUCUCACUGCGAAGUAUUUUGCUAUUCGAAAGGUUAUCCAGAAGUUUGAAGGAGUUCCAGAAGGACCUAUUCCUCCAUCUACACCGAAGUAUGCAUAUGGGAAAGUUGUUCUGGAAAAGGUAGCGACAGUGACAGAAGCUCUUGAUAUUCUGUCUCCUGGUGGCCCUAUAGAAAGCUAUUAUCCUUUGACAUUUAUCCAGGUGAAACAGUAUUAUGGGUUUGUGCUGUACCGAACCACACUUCCUCAAGAUUGCAGCAACUUGACAAACCUGUCUUCGCCCCAUGAUGGGGUCCACGACCGGGCCUAUGUUGCCGUGGAUGGGGUACCUCAAGGAAUCCUGGAGCGAAACAAACAGAUCACUCUGACCAUAAAGGGAAAAGCUGGAGCUACACUGGACAUCCUGGUAGAGAACAUGGGGCGCAUAAAUUACGGCAUGUUCAUCAAUGAUUUUAAGGGUUUGGUCUCUAAUCUGACCCUUGGUGACAUUAUCCUCACAAACUGGACCAUUUUCCCACUGGACACAGAGGAAGCAGUGCACAGCCGACUAGAAGUAUGGAGAAACCAUCAUGUUAGCCGCCAUGAUGCUGACCACCGUGUUACUGGCCACCACGGUGCUGGCCGCCACGGAGCUGGCCGCCACAGAGCUGGCCGCCACAGAGCUGGUCGCCACAGAGCUGGCCGCCACAGAGCUGGCCCCUAUCUUGGCAAAUACUCUAGUAGCCACCCUUCAUACACACUGCCAGCCUUUUAUGUGGGCAACUUCUCCAUUCCCCAGGGGAUUCCAGCCUUGCCCCAAGACACCUACAUCCAGUUUCCUGGCUGGACCAAGGGUCAGGUGUGGAUCAAUGGCUUUAACCUUGGCCGCUAUUGGCCAGCACGAGGACCUCAGAAGACAUUAUUUGUGCCACAGCACAUCUUGACCACAUCAGCACCAAACAACAUCACAGUGCUGGAACUGGAGGGGGCGCCCUGCAGAAUCUACACCCUGGGCCCUUGUAUUGUUGAACUGGUGGAUGAGCCAGUGAUUGGCACAGCGGAGAACAAUCAAAUCCUAAGCCUAACAGUGAACCACGUAUGAUGACUUGGGCUCCUUGGACAUCUAGUCCUGCCCAGCCCUCAUGAGUCCCCCCAGUAAGGCCGGCACUCUCUAGAGACUUAGAAUGAAAAAUAAAUGUAGGGUGUUCAUUGUCACUGGAGGUUUCCCUAAGCCCCACCAAGGCUGACUUUACUCUCCCGAGUCACCUUGAAACGUGACAGCACAGUGGGAAGCCUGAAAAAGUGUCACUGAUUUUGACUUUGGAAGAAUCAUGUUGUGUUUUUGCUAAAUAAAAUUUGUACUCAA